CCACGGAAAUCUCCGUGUACGUUACCACACGGUAACUUUCUCACUGCCCCCAUCUCUCUCUUUCCCCCCCGAUUUCAGACCUGCAAUCCCUAAUUCCCCAAUUUCGGACAAGUAGAUUCGUACGAAUUUUCUCUCUCUCUCUCUCUAGCUAGGUAUCUCUCUUAUCUCUCGCCGGGGAAUGCGUUGGCUGUAGUCAGCUGUACCGGAAGUUGGGUGUCAUGAAUAAUGGUUCUUGGUUACCCGAGGUGGACUUCCAAGGCGUCUCGGAUGAUUUCUUUGAUGAUCUCGUCAAUCAUCUCGAUUUCCCCUUAGAGGAUGUGGGAAGUGGCAACGGUGAGGGGGAUUGGGAUGCCGGGUUUCAAGGCCUCGAGCCUCCACCGAUGGAUAUGUUCUCUGACUUCAACUGUGGUGGCAUUAACAAGGGCGGUGGGUCCAUACCGAUCUUGAAACAGUCUAGUUCUUCUGAAGCCUCCUCUGUCCACCAAUUCUCACCUUCUGGCGUCAAAGUCUCGAAAGUGUUUCGGUCUUCAAGCCCAGUUUCAGUCCUCGAGAACACCAACGUUUCUUUCUCGUCCCAAAAUACGAGACUGGCCUUUCCAGUGAAGGGCGUGAGAAGCAAGCGAAAACGCCCGACAGCUCUUAAACUCGGGCUUCUCCUCCCGCCGUUUGAACCCACAAAAUCUCAGCAGUUACCUCCAGAAGAAUCAGAAUAUGAAGCAGUCUACUAUCCUUCAGAGAAACCUGGGAAGAAGAAGAGCAAGAAGAACAAGAUCCACCCGACCCAUCUGGAUUCUGCCAAUUCAGAACCAAAGAACUCGGAAGGAACAGUCAGGAAAUGCACUCAUUGCGAGACAACCAAGACCCCACAGUGGAGGGAAGGCCCUAACGGACCGAAAACCCUAUGCAACGCCUGUGGGGUACGUUUCAGAUCUGGCCGUCUUGUCCCAGAGUACCGCCCGGCCGCAAGUCCGACAUUUGUUCCAUCUGUGCACUCGAACUCUCACCGGAAGAUCAUAGAGAUGAGGAGCAAGGACGGUCAGAAAUUCGACUCGGGCAUGAUCCACACUGUGAUCUCCCGAGCAUAGGAAACCAUGUUUCUCUUUUCCGGGGAAACUCUGAUCCUUACGACCGAGAACUCUUGAAGACGGUGUUCUAAACUAGGGUUUAGUGUUUGUCUUAUUUGUAAUCUGAUCGAGAGAGAGAGAGAUAUUAGGGUUUUAGUGUGAGUUAGGGUUUAGUGUCGUCUGAUUUAUGUGUUUAUUAUGUAUCCUGCGAGCAGAUGCGACAUUUGUUUUCAAGAGAGGAAAACAGGUGAAGCCACUGUACUGUAUGCUCAUGUUUUGUUUCCCCCCCUGUUAAGGCCCCUUUGAAAUAACUCAUCCUAUUCUUUCAUUCUUCAA